UAAGAAACCAAAUGGCCGUCCAUGACAGAACGAGACUGAAAGUUUUUGGUUAUGAUAAGUGGUAUAUUUUGCCAUCAGUAUUUUGUUACUUAUGGGACAUUAUUAAUUGAUAUGUGAAAGUGAUGUUUUGUGUAAUUAACUAGUUUGGUGUUACAUACAAAUUAAUAAGGAUUUUAUUACGAAAUACACGAGUUAUAUACCUUUAUUUUGUAGAAACAACAAAUUGUUUUUUGAAAGUAGACUAUAUUUAUUUAUUUAUUAGUGGUAAAGGGUAUUUAGUCGUUUUUAUUAAUUGAAAUAUAUAUGAAUUUAUUAAAACUUAUGCACUGGCUGAAAAUAGUAUACAAUUAUAAACUUUCAUUUAGCCUAUAAGCUACAGUGUGAAAUUGAUGUUUAUAAGACUGCUUUCAAAUUCCUCAAUUCCCGUGAUGCCUAGGCUUAUGAAUUUGUAUAAGAAUUUAAAUAAAUUAAAUAUUAAUUGAAUAAAUAGUGGAUGAACCUGCCAUUCAAUAAUAAUGGCAGAGUUAGAACAAAAUUCUGCAUGCAGUGAAGAAACCAAUUCUCUUUGUGAUGAAGAAAGAGUUCGGAAAUUAUUUCAAGCUUGUGAUGGUGACGGUGAUGGUUACAUUGACAGUCAAGACUUACUGACAGUUUGUCGAGAACUUAAUCUUGAGGAUUCACUAGAGGAAUUGAUGAAAGAACUGGGAGCUGAUGAGAAUGGACGAAUAUCUUACAAAGAAUUUUUACGACGGCGAUUAGCUUUGCGGCCAGAAAUAGAAGCUCUUCGCAGCACUCCUCAUCUUCCAAGAGAAACAGUCACUCCAGACUAUCUUCCAACAAGCAGUGAUAAUAGUCUUGGUGGAGCGUCAGGAGGCAAGUGUGGGGAGAGUUGGGAAUUUGACAGUGGUGCUCGGGAUCUGAGCCCGGAGCCUAACACACUGCAGAGGUUAGUGGAAGCGGCAGGCUGUUCUCUCACUUCCACCAACACGGCCAGUCUACUGCAGCUGGCUAACAAGCUACACCUGGCGGCUCUGGCAUCCCUGCGAGGAGAGAUCUUGGAGCUGACAUCACGUCUGCAUGCGGUGACGCAGGAGCGUGAUGUGUUGGAGCGUGCUGUUGCACAGGCUGAGAACUCAGUGGCUCAGCAGUAUGAGGAGCGUCUCACCGAGCUACACUCUGUUAUUGCCGAGCUCAGCCGAAAGAUGGAGCGACAGCGUACUCUUGUUAUUGCCGAAGAGGAGGACGUACAAUCUGAAACAGAGCAAAGUAUAGAAACGUGUUCCCAAGCAGAUGAGACGUUGGCUGUAGAGGAAUCCACUCUUCCUGCAUUUGAUGAAAGCGAGUUGCAAGUCGAAGAAAUUACGGAUGCAGCAUCAAAAAAGGAGAAGAAGUCUUUUCUGGAGGAGGAACUGUUUGAACUGCGUGCUGAGAACAGUGCAUUACAGGAACAGCUCAGCAAGACAGAGGCAGAACUACAGCAAACACAGACACUACUAGCCAGCGUGCGUGAGGACAGAGACAAACUGAGGAACAAGUUAAGGGAGGGUCACCACAGUCUGCGUCCGAGCAGCUCUCCUCCUCCUCCCAGACAGGAAGUUCCAGUGCUCAAGGUGGCGGAGAGAGUGCGACUGCGUAAGAUGGACAGACAUGUCACUGGCUCUGAUCUCAUCUCUCUUGGGGUGACCAGGACUGAGGUUGCGGAGCAGCUGGUGUCAGAGCUGCAGGAAGAGUGUGAUCAGCAGGAACUGAGUUUACGGGACCGACGACAACUGGAGUUAGAGACAGAAAGGCUCUCUGCUCGACUGGAACAUUCCAGAUCACAGGUUAAUGUGCUGCAACUGACAUUGGAUGAGAGCAAGAGUCAUUGUGAAAGGUUGUGCCUGUUAGUAGGGAAGUAUGAGUCCAACGUUACAGCUCUGCGGUUGGCCCUGACAUCGUGCGACCGAGCAAUAGAAGCCUACGACCUGCUAGUGUCGCUGCUGGAUGCACAUACCAACAACGAGAAAUGUGCGGAAGCAGAUGAGCUGCGACAGCUGAUAGCUGAGCUGAAGGCAGAGCGAGCAUUAGUGCGCAACACUGUGGUGGAGCUGGAGAGUCUAGUGGAGCAGCCCCCACCCAGGCCCCCUGCCUCCACCUCACAGGCCCGCAAACUGGAUCUGGAGACUGCUGUGCUUAUGCAGGAGCUGAUGGCCAUGAGAGAGGAUAAGUGUGAGUUGAGAGCCAAGAUAUACCUGUUAGAAAGAGAGAGGGAAAACCAGGAGCUAAAGGUGGCAUCACUGCAGUCCCAACAGCAGGCUCAUUUAGCCACCAUACAACACUUACAGGCACAACUACAGGAUGCUGACACAGAGCAGGAGCUGGAUGCAGAUGGGAGGGAAAGUCGACUACGUGAGAGACUGAAGGAGGUUGCAAGCACGUUGGAACGUGUCAGUCGCAACGCCGAGCUGAGGCAACGACAAGCUUCCGAGCUGGCCACAGAGUUGAAGACUGCUAACAGUGCUCUGGUACAAAGUUUGGAGAGGUGUAAACGUAAGUCUCAAGCCAGGCUGCGGAGGCUGGAUACUCAAAUGUUGGCAAUGGUAGAGCGACAUGCAGCUCAGGUUCGCACACUAAAACAACGGAUAGCAGCUUUAGAGGAGUCCAGGGAACAGCAGCAGACGAGGCAGUCCCAGAAUUCCACCACUAGUGAGACCUCCUUGUAGACUAUUAUACCCAUCCAUAGUUACUCAUCUCAUUGGUCUCUUGGUGGAGGAUAAGAGAGCCUGAUUACUAGUCCUACUUCCUUUCUCUAGCCACUUCCAGUUUAAGUUCUUAACUAUUGUGCUGCAUAAAAGAUAAAAGUAAUGUUCUUUAAACAUUUUUAUUUCUCUGGAGAAAUUGAAAAACUUACAUUUUUGUAAUUGCAAAGCAAUUUAGUUUAUAAGACAGAUGAUGUUAAUUCAUAAAAGAAUGAUGGGCUUUUUGGGUUUUACCGUACAAAAUUAGAUGCUUAAAAUUUGGUAGUACAGUAGAGUCCCACUAAUCCGAAUUAAUUGAGACUGAACAUUGUUUGUAUUUGCAGGAAUUCGGGAUAGGCAGAGUUCAUGAAUAAUAUCUACAUAUUGGUGUUGAGUGGCUCGUGAACAAGUAAAAGUUGGAAAGAAAAGGCAGUGACCUUCGGUGACUUACAUGUUCAUCUUUCGGCGCCUACCUAUCCCUUCCCCUCUCACUUUUCAAACACAUGACUCAUUAGUCGUAUUUACGUUAGUGUUAAUUCUAGCGUUGUUUGAUGAACUGUGUGCACUUAAAGCAAAAUUAUUGUUAAAGGUUUGAUCCGUGACUGUUGAGUUACUUUACCAAGUGACUGUGCCUUUUUUACUUAUGUUCUUAGUCCUUGACAUUAACUGUUAAACAUAAAUACGCAAAGUAAACAAAUUAUUAUUUCGUGUACUUUGUAUAAAAAACUUGAAGUGUUAAACAGACUGGACAAAAGAGAAAGUGCUAAUAAAUUGUCAGUUAAAUAUGGUGGUGGAAAAGCAACGAUUAGCGACUGGAAAAAUCAUUGUGUUAAAAUUGAGCAGUUUUGUUCUGCUUCAAGUAAGAAAAAUUCCUGAAAAAAACAACAAAAAACGACUGUGUCUUCAUAUGAAAAACCUGAUGAAGCCUUAUUCUUGUGGUUCACUCAACUGAGACAUUUCCCAUUUUUGGUCCUUGGUGGUAAAAAAAAGGGCGCUUCCCCUAAACAAGCUUAUGGAUGGUGAACCUUCAUUUUCAGCUAGCGUGGUUUUUUUGGAUUGUUAAAAGGAAAUUUACGUAAUUAGACAGGUCACGAUUGCUGGGUAGAAGCUGUCAGUUGCCAAUUAUCUAAAGUAAUUUGAAGACCUCAUUUCUUCUCAAAAUUGCUUGCCACAGCAAGUUUAUAAUGCGGAUGAAACUGGACUGAACUUUAAGGCUCUGCCUACUAAAAGUCUUGCUUCUUAAGAAGAGGAAUCUGCCUCAGAGUUUAAAAUGGACAAACGUCUGUCUUAGCUUGCAGCAACAAAUCUGCAACAAACAAACUUCCCCGCUGAUGAUAAUAGGCAAAUCAGCGAAACCAUGAGCGUUCAAAAACAUUAACAUUAACUUCUGUGUAUUGUAAGAAUAAAAAAAGCUUGGGUGGAAUGUGACUUGAUCAAUGAAUGGUUCGAUCACCAAUUUGUCCUUAAAGUGAUUGUGUUCAAUAAAGAAAAGAAAUUGGCUAUUCAUGCUCUGCUGUUUAUAUACAAUGCACCGUCCUACCCAGGAGAAAUGAAACUUAUUUGUGGAAACAUCAAAACAACUUUUCUGCCACCAAAUGUUACUUUAAUUCUUCAGCCUAUGGACUAGAGUGUGUUACAGGCCAUUAAACAAAAAUACAGAAAAAUGCUGCUUCUCAUCUUAUUUGAAGAGGAUGAAGAUGAAUUCACAAUCUUUCAAAACUUAAGAAAACUACAGUAAAAGAUAUGAUUUACUGGUUAACACGUUCAAUGCGGGUCCGGUAGAUCUACUGCACGGCUGCCUCGCGCCAGGAACGCAUGACGUAGAUCUACUGCACAGUGCCAUUGUUUAGUAACCCAGUCAGUGUGCUCUCAGCACUCGUCAUGUAUGGUUGUCCGUUUUGCCGCUCGUGGGGACAUACUUUUCCCGCGUUUUUGUGGUCGCCAUUCUCAGUUAGCGUUUUGUGGUUAGUUUUUAGACUACUUCAAAUUUUACCGUUUUUGUUGUGUGUUUAGUGUUAUUCUUGUAAUACAAUAGACAUGGAUUUGCCUCCUGGAACUAGUGGAAUCCAGAAUAGACGUCAGUUUGUGGCUAAUAGUGAUUCUGAUUAUGAAGACGACCCUGGUGUCCCUGGUUAUGCUCCGGACCUCGACGAUGAACAAUACGAGACUGAUGAGUCAGAGGUCGAAGACCCAGACUAUGACGUAAGACCAGCACAAUGGAGUCCUCAAACUAUAGGUAUGAAAGAUGUACCGUUUACAAAAGAGGAAAAGUUUUUAGUCCCUUUGCCUAAUGAGAUUACCCCAAUCAAUUUUUUCUUGUUGCUGAUGGAUGUGAUUUUUUUUAGAGGGUAUUGUGGCUACUACGAAUAGAUACGCGUUGGAGUUAUUCUGUGGACCUAAUACAACCCUAGGCUCACGAAUCCAUAAAUGGAAAGACAUUACCGUAGAGGAACUCAAAUGUUUUAUGGGCCUAUUGCUGCACAUGGGAAUAUUACAAUUACCCCGAAUUCAAGACUAUUGGAAAACUUGUAUGCUGUUUUCAACGUGCUUCCCCAAAUUCAUGGCCAGGGACAAAUUCAUGCUUAUUUUGCGAUGCAUUAAUUUUGAAAGGUACCCUAACCCAAAUAACAGAGCUUCUAAAGUACAGUUUCUAAUUGACACUUCAACAAUAAAAUGGACACAAUUUAUUAUCCUCAAAAAAAGUUGUGCAUUGACGAGGGAAUGGUUUUAUGGAGGGGAAGGUUGUACUUUAGGCAAUAUAUAUAAAAGGGAAACGCCAUAAGUACGGCAUCAAACUGUACAGUUUGUGUGACCCCCAUGGCCUAAUACUUCGUUUUUUUUUGUAUUGUGGAGUUUUAGAUGAUUACGGUGGUAAGGGACACGCAGCCAACAUUGUAUUGAAGCUGAUGCAAGGGAAACUCAAUUGUGGCCACAGUUUAUUUAUGGAUAACUAUUAUAAUAGUUUUACUCUUGCCUCAAGCCUGCUCCGUAGGAAUACAUAUUGCACUGGAACUCUUCGGCUGGACAGAAAAUACGUAUCUCCUGAAGUCAAAUCGGCAACCCUGAAAAAGGGUGAAACCAUCGCCCGCUUCGCUGAAAGCGUUGUUGUCACCAAAUGGAAAGACAAACGCAUUGUCUCUUACACAUCCACUGAGUUUGAAAAUGACAUGGUGAAUUCAAUUAAUCGAGGUGGUUUGGAGAGACUAAAAUUACUACCAAUUUUUCAAUAAAACUAUCUCUUUUUGAUCAAUUUACAUCUUUAAGUUCCAGAUACAACUUCAACCCACAUGUUUGUUAGCAUCAUACUUAGUCAUGUAAUUUUACACUUCGGUUGUGCUAUUUUUCUUAUCUAGAAAUUAACUCUUAUCUUAUUAAUUCAAAUGCUUAGUAGGUGAUUAAAUGCAUUUCAUCAACAGAUAAUUAGGGAUGCCUUUGACAGUUAGUACCAAACUAAUGGAUAAUACUUGGCCUCAUUUUAUAAUUUCUUCUUCUUAAGGCCAAACAUACAAUUUUUCUCAUUUGACAUGUUCAGUAAUAAAUAUUCACAAACUCUCUUUAAUUUUUGUGAAACAAGAAAUAGAAACCAUAAUGUCAUUUUUUAAGAGGCAUACAAAUAAAACUUGUUAGUGCAGUUUAUAAUUAUUAUAACUUGUUUAAUCUGUUUGAUAUUGUUCCAUAAAACCCCACAAUUUUAUGGAAAUCCUUAAAUUAUUUUUUAAUUUUUAAAUACAUAAUUUUUGCUUUUGUAAGAUAUGUUUAUAUAAGUAAACUAACUUACUUGUUAAACUUCUUACUAACUUGUAUUGUGAAGCAUUCUGAUCUCUUCCUCAGGUAGAUGACUAACACAUAACUACAAAUUAGGUUAAAAUAAACAAAUCAUACCAGAGCGUUGUGACACAUAUAACUCAGGAAUCACAACAAAAAUUAUAUGUAUCAAUACUGUGCACAUUAUCUCUAAAACAUACACGUAAUAAAAACAAUAAUUACUGAAAUUGUACUACAACUAAUAAAUUAAGAACCCAAAAGGGCCUUAUUAAAAUCAUGUUCUUGUUUGUUCCUCUAUGCAAUAACUCUUGUUAUUAAGGUCCAAGAGACUUGAAACUUGGUACAAAUGUUCCUCUUGUUACAAGUUAGAAUGCCAUUGAUAUUUGGGUCAGAAGGCAGCCUGUCAGUUUGCUUGUCUGUAUGAUAACUCUCGAUAGAAAAGCCGUAGAGACUUCAAUCUUGUUACAUAGGUUCCUCUUGCUCCAAGGAAGAACCAUUUUUAUUAUAUCUGUGUUGUUAUAUAUUCCUGACACUUUUAAUUUGUCAAGAUUUAACAUGCUACUAAAAGUAACUAACCAUUUUUGUUAUAAUUUACUUUUUAUAAUGUUAAUUCCUUAACAGAUUUUUACAAUUUUCAACUUUAUAAAAAGAAAUUAUCAGUUACUAUUUGUUAUACCUAUGUAAUUUAACAUGUUUAUUGUUGAGAAUAUGAAACAUUGUAUAUCUUAAUGCUUAAUGUAUGAUUAUUGAUUACUCACUAAAAGUGACAUCAAUGCUACUAAAUUGUCAUCAGGAGAUGUCGUAUCUUCAAUUUUGUUCACCGGUGGAUGCUGUCUUUGUCACUCAUCCAGGGUUUUGAAAUCCAGUAGCCAAUAUUAUAGCACAAUCAUUAUGAGGAAACUUUUCUCUUUUGCCACUGUCACUUUUUUAUAUUUUUGUACCAAAAAAAACUAUUUACAACCUCAUCCAUCUUCAUUUACUUGUAAGUAUAUAUUUUACUUGGAAAUGUUUUUGUGGAACAUGUUGAAGCACCAUAUUUUACAGAGUCCUGGUUCACCUAGGCAUAUGGCGUUCUCCAUUGUUCAGAAUGAAAAAAACACUCGACGAUUCACUAAAAGUGGACUUAAUAACAACGGUCUUAUGAAAAACAUAUCAUGGACCGGCACAACAAGUAACAAGCGACAUAACCUUCCUCUGUAAUCUAUGAGUGCCCCUUGAGAGGACUAUGUUAACUAAUGUUUUCUGCAAUAAAUGUUUAAUUGACUAUCUUUACUAUAAUAUGACCAAAAGUUCAUCUAUUUUUGGUGUAUCCAGGUUUUUUAGUUAUCAUAAAAUACAAAAACAAAUUUUGCCCUACAUACAAUAAUUAACAAACUCCAGCCACUGGGUACCAGUAGUAUUGCAGUAUAUAACAUGUAAAGGAGCAGUACAUUUGUACAGCAUUAAUAGCGUGAGUCCUGCUCAGUACAUUGCCUUCUCACAUAUUAGCAUCUCACUGUCAGUACCAGAUGUCAGUAUCACAUGGGAAAUGAUUUAAUUCUUCAUCAUUAAGAAACUUAAAGCCCUGACAAACCAAAAAUUUGUCUAGCUUUGGCCUACUCACUGAAACUGAAAACACAAGUAUAAAUAAUAUUGUGGGAAUAAUGUAUGCGUAAAUAGUUUUGUACAAAAAUAUGUGUGCUGUACAGACGUACAACUUGCAAUUUAAACAAAUAUAACUAAUUCAAUUCGAGGUUACUCAAAAUAAUGUGUGUGUGAUAAAGAAAUACGACUGACACACACAUGAGCUGUGGUCCCAGAAAUGAAAAUACUUGGAUCAUCAACACAAAGCCAGAUAACAUGCCCAAACCAUAUAACGCUACACUAAAGAAGUCAUACUUACAUCCAAACCUUAUCAAAGAACUUUGUAAAAGGAAAAUGGUGCAUGACAAAUGAACUUGCCAGCAUCUCUUCCUUAUCAUUUGCAGAAUCAAUAAUGGGUUAAUUAUCAAGAGUUUAAUAGUAGAUAGUUUCUAUAUGUGUCAGGUCUCGGUUUUAUAGCAGCAAGGUGGUUUUUCGGUACCAGAUCCAAUUAAUGGUGUAAUGUAAUAUCUUAAGAACUUUACUGAUGAAUAGGGAUUAUGUUUAAUUGCUUUUAUUUACAAAUAAUGUUGGUUUGAUCUUCUGUUUAUCAAUUUAUGAAUUACGUUGAGUUCUAAAUGAUUUGGCUGUUCAUUUAAUUUUUUUUUUUUUAUUUGUACAGUACUCUCAUACAUUCCUACAUAUUAAUUGUAGUACAUUGUGGUUGUUUUUUUUUUUCAGCACAAUAAACCCUCAUCAAACUAUGCUUUGCUCUAAUACAGUUUCAGUUUUUGGUACAUUGAUGUUUAUUUAAUUCAUGGCUAAACUAGUAAAAAUGGGGCUUUAAAACUUUAAGACUUAAAAGCUUUACACUUUGUUGUGAACACAAAAGUAAAUGUUUACAAAGUGAUUUUAUGGAAACGUAAUUUUUAGACUGUUAGAUAAGUAUGUAAAUUUUAGUAAAAUUGUAAAAACAGCAUUAUUUAAGAUUUUUUAUUUGUGUAUCAUAUUUAAUAUAUUCUACCCAUGUAAAUAAUGUUUAAUUGCUAUGAUUAUAUGAAGUUUGUUUAGGUUGUUAAUUAACUGUUACAUCACUUAACAAUGUAUUCAUUCACAAAAAUGUAUUUAUUUGUGUGCAGAGUAUUAUGAUUGAAUACUCUUCAAAGUAAUUUAUAAACACUAAUUUUUUAUUUUUAUUGUGAGUUAACCCUUGUUUUAUAUGUUUAUUAAGUGAUAUUAGUAUUAAAGACAAUAUUUUUUUAUUGAUUGGAGAUAGAAAUUAGAUACUUUUUUAUUUGAUAAUAACUAUAUUUGGGUGUAGCACAAUUUAACAUUAUCGAUGCUUUUGAUUUCAUUUGAUAAAGUAUGUAACUAAAAUAUCAAAACAACAGGGUUAAGUUAACAUGGUAUUCUUUUGUAAGUACAAUUAUUUUCUUCUGUCAGGCUAUAUAAUCAAUGUAGAACCAUAUAAUAAACAAUGUUGUAAAGAAUCUAAUCUAA